AUGGCGUACACUCUACCCACAGCACAAGGGCUAAGGAGCCGAUCCAUUGAGGUGGACCCGAUUUGCCGAAGAUGUGGUAAGGAUGUGGAAACUCUUGAGCAUGCGUUGAGGGACUGCUCGUGGGCAAGAUUUUUAUGGGAAGUCUCGCCUCUCUGCCUAACCCAUUUCGACGGUGAUGAGUUGUGGGAUAUUCCUUCUUGGUUUGAAAAGAUUCAGCGCAUACCACAGAAGGAACACCAUAGUACUUUUGCAAAUAUUGCUUGGGUGAUUUGGUUUGCACGCAAUAUGUUAACUUUUCAAGAAAGAGAGUUCUCUCAUGUGGAUUGUUUGCUUAUGGCGCAAAGAGCUACAUGCACGAAGAGAGUUUGUGAAAGUCCUUCUCGAUCUCCCCCUACAAAGCGGGAAUGUACAAGAAGGGAUCAAGUGAAAGUUUGGAGUGAUGUUGCGGUUGAGCUAAAUGUUGGGUUAGGUUUUGGUGUCAUCAUGAAGGAUGGUGAAGGCAAGUUUCUGGGUUGUAGACAUGGAUUCCGGUAUGGGAUGUUUACAGAAGUGGAGGCGGAGGCGGUUGGAGUUAUGGAGGCUUUUAAUUUUUAUCGUGAAAAAGGAGUGUCGGAUGCUAUUGUUGAGAUGGACUGUCUACCUUUACUGGAAACUGGAGAAACAUGA